AUGGAAGAAAUAGAACAGAACAGUCAGAAAAAGGAGCUAGUGACGGGUCUGGCGAGAGGUUGUCUGUCCAUACUCGAGCACGUUGCCGAGCCGCCGCUGGUGUCCAACUGCUCGGCGGCCGUGCUCCGCUGUCGCCUCGACACAGCGGGUCCCAACAUCGAAGUCUGGUGGACGUUCCACGGCGAGAACGCCUCCAAGCUUCCGAACGUUGUUCUCGAGCCGCCGCCAAGUCGCGAAGCCAGGGCGGCCUCUUCCGUCGCGCCGCCGGCCACAACACCGCCGGCGACCGCAGCGACAACCACACCGUCCAAUGCGACCGCAGCGUCGGGCCACAACUCGACUUUGGCGCACAACUCCACGGCACCUUCUAACGAGACUUGGAGCGGGACCGAACCGCCGACCUCGCUGACGACGCCAGGUGGCGACGUCUUCUCGGGUGAAGACUCCGAGAACGUCACGACUGCGUCGCCGCAGGCCACGACCACUCUGCCGGGCGGCGAAGCGGCGUCUUCCGAGGUCGAGUCUUCUUCUUCUGGCGAGGACGAGGAGAAGUCUGCCGUGUGGACUCUGCGGCUGAACUGCCCGACACUUGAACACGCCGGUAGUUACGCCUGCUACGCGCUAUCGCGGAACGCCAGCGAGUUCAUCUACAAGAAGGAAGCGUCCCUAGACGUCUACGUGCCGGUGAGCGUGGAGGUUGAGCAGAGCGUGGUCGAGGCGACGGUCAACUCAUCGGUGACGCUGUCAUGUCUUGCCACGGGUCACCCCAAGGUCACCACGCUUCUCUGGUCGCGUGCCUCGGACGACGACGAACAAGACGAGCCGGCGGCGGCCACCGGCAACUCCACCAGCUCAGAGGACGUUACCUUUGGCAGCCGCUUGAUCGACAGCACAAACGUCACUCAGGUGUCCGAGGUCCAAUACCGGGCGCAGCUGACGCUUGAGUCCCUCCAGAGGCGGGACAAUGGCACGUACGUCUGCUACGCGGGCAACGAGUACAACAUGACCAUGGCGGUGCAGGAUGUACUCGUACUUGAGCCCCCAGAGGUGAACUUGUCAUCACUGAAGGCUGAGGACGCACGCACAGCAAAGCUUAGCUGGCAUGUGCGCCACUCGGGCAACCAGCCUGUAUCGCGCUACCACCUCCAGGUGCGCAACUACUCCACCGAGGCCGACUGGCUCGACGUGCACAAUGCAGUGCCACCGAACAUGACCUCCUACCUGGUACACUACCUGGCACCUGGUGCCACCUACGGUUUCCGCCUUGCGGCUGUCAACUCAGUAGGGAACGGACCAUGGGAGCAGCGAAACAUUACUAUGCCACCUGACGUUCCACCAAAGAUCAACCAGGUGCAUCUGCUGGCUACAACUAACGAGACACUGGUGUUUGCAUGGCGGAGGCCAAGCCAUGACAACGGAGCGAACAUCAGCCAGUACCAGUUGGAACUCUUUCGUCCAGGCCAAGUCCAUCGCAACCAGACAACACUCUCGGCUGAGCCCCAGAACAGGCUGAAGCACAUGUAUGUCUAUGUGGGCCUUACACCAGGAGAACAGUACAUCUUUCAGAUGCGUGCUUGCAAUAUUAUUGGCUGUGGAAAUUGGUCUGAGCAACUGGACGUGAGCACAGCUGAUGGAAUGGCUGGAGCACCACAGAAUGUGACAAUGCAUUGUUUUGCAAAUACGGAAAUGAACAUGACGUACGGCAUCAUCACGUGGCACCCGCCUGAGGAUGCUCGUGGCACUAUUGUUGGCUACAAGGUCCUGUUGGAAGGGCAUGCAUUUUUCCGGCGUGAGACGGGUGUGUUUGACACAGAGCGGCUGAAGGAGCCACACGAAGUAAACUCAACCACUCUUAAGUACACCAUCACCAUCAAGCCCAACACCAACUACACCGUACGCAUUUGCACCGUGAAUAAAGCUGGCUGUGGAAACCUAAGUGGUGUCACAGCUAGGUCGACCUGCACUUCGCCUCCUAUAGGACCAGCACAACUGCCCAAGUUCAACCUUCAACGAAUGGAGCGUGAAAAGCGUCACAGGCAGCUCAAGCUCCACUUGAAACGAGUGUCCGAGAGGAAUGGAAACAUCCUGUGCUACAGGGUGAUUGUGGUGAAGCUUGCCCAUGGGGAGACUCUGGAGUCAUUGCCCAAGGACCAAAAGCAACUGAACAUCACAUCCUAUCAUGAAGUGCAUCGUGUAAGCAGCAACGGAGCCUACAUUGCAGAGGCUAUUAGCAGUGAAGACUUUGUGGAAGAGGUGAUCCUUGGUGACGAAAGAAAUCAUGUGUGCUCUGCUGAUUCGAUGCGGAGCACCACAGAAGACUCGCGCAUGAGUAGAAGAGCUGCCGAUGCACUCAACAUCACUGAGCCGUCCACACCUGCCGUCGAGGUUGAAUAUGUGCGUGAUGGCGCUCUUGCAGCCAACACAAACUACACCGGCUUUGUCCAAGUACAUGUUCGGGGUUCUAAUGGGACAUUGCUCUCUCAGCAGAGCCCUUACUUUGCUCCAGUUGAAACAGGCACUGAUCGCAACACUAUUACUGCUGAGAGCCCUGCUGCAAUUGUAUUUGGAGUAAUAUGUGGCCUUGUCCUUGUGGCUUUGAUGAUGGUCAUCAUUGUGUGCAUCAUGAAGAAGAAAAAUGGCCAACUGUACGAGGACCAAGGUGAGCGGCUGGGUCUGACCGCUUUUCUUCGGAGAACCAUUCAGAAGAAUGGCCAUGUUCCCCGGGCGAAAAGAGGCAGUUUUGUGAACUCUCCAAACUCAAUCCCCAUCUCGGCAGACAACUUGCCAACUGCCUUCAUGAAGCGUCACUGUGACAGUGAUUUGCUCUUUCAAAGCGAAUUUGAGAUGUUGCCCGAGAAGUUCAAGGACAGAACAACAUAUGCAUCCGAUGCCCCAGAAAACAUGCACAAGAACCGCUACCCAGACAUCAAGGCUUUUGACCAAACAAGAGUCAAGCUCUCCACCAUUGAUGGCAUUCCUGGCUCUGACUACAUCAAUGCGAAUUUUGUUGAGGGUUUUGGUGGGAAGAAGACCUUUAUCUGUGCCCAAGGUCCACUGGAUCGGACUGUGACAGACUUCUGGAGGAUGAUCUGGGAGCAUAGAGUCUCGGUUAUAGUGAUGCUAACUGGAAUUGAAGAAAAUGGCAAGAUAAAAUGUUCCCAGUACUGGUCUGAUGAAGGUGUCAAAGAAAUUGAGAAGCAGUAUACUGUUAGGGUUGUCACCGCAAAGAGAUAUUCGGAUUACGUUGUACGGCGGUUCUUUGUCGAACACACUCAGGAUGGCAUCACUGAGGAGCGAGAGAUCUUGCAAUUUCACUUCACCAUGUGGAAGGACUUCCUGGCGCCUGACCAACCUUCAUGGCUGCUACGAUUCAUCAAGCGUGUCAAUGAGCAUUACGUCUCUGACAGAGGGCCACUGCUGGUUCAUUGCAGCGCUGGUGUGGGCAGGACAGGGACGUUUGUGGCUAUUGACUCGCUGCUGGAGGAGCUGGAAAAGACCGAAGAAGUAGACAUCUUCAGCUGCGUAGCCAGUCUUCGCAAGCAGCGCAACUUCCUCGUUCAGUCACUGAAGCAAUACAUUUUUAUUUACCGGGCGCUUCUGGAGCAUGCACAGUUUGGUGACACAGAAAUUGAGAUCCAGCACCUCAGGGACCACUACCUGCAGUUGAAAGAGAAGCUAGGGAAUUCUGAAAAGUCUGGGAUGGUUCUGGAGUUUGAGAAAUUGAGUGACGUCAUUGAAGACCCCAAGACAUGCUGCGUUGGAAUGAUGGACAUGAAUGUAGCAAAAAACAGAUAUGACUUCAUUGUACCUUAUGACUGCAACAGAGUUAUUUUGCCAGUGUCACCUUCACGAGACCAUUCAUCUUACAUCAAUGCCUCAUUUGUCCAGGGUUAUGACCGGUCACUGUCUUUCAUCAUCACUCAAGACCCCCUAGACUGUUCUGUCGUGGAGUUUUGGCGCAUGAUCAAGGAGCAGUGCAUUUCUACCAUAGUUAUGCUCUCUGAACUUGGCGAGGGGCAGACCAAGUGCCAGCAGUACUGGCCGUCUGAUGGAGAGCUUAUGUGUGACUAUGUCAAGGUCAAGUUUGUGUCCCAAGACAAUUGCAACUACUUCGUAAAACGCGAGUUUGACGUCAUCAAUGUGAAGUCUGGGGACGUCCAUCGUACCACACAAUUCCAGUACCUGGGCUGGGUUGGGCAGCCAGUCAUAGAUGCUGACAGCACAGCGAGCAUCAUUGCUCUCAUAGAGUGUGCCCAGCAGUGCCAAGCACUACAUCCAAGUGGUGGACCUGUCACAGUACACUGCAGUGGCGGUGGUGACAGGAGCAGUGUAUUUGUGACACUGAGUGUGUUGAUACAACAGCUGAAAGCUGAGGAAAGGGUGGAUGUUUUUCAAGCAGCACGUUACACUCGUUCCCAGAGGCACUGUAUGCUACAGACACCUAACCAGUACGAGUUUCUCUACCGUGGCCUGCUGACGUACAUCGAGUCGCACAACCUGUGCAACAUGGGCGACACCCAGCUAUGAGGGCUACACAUGCUAGGAUGUUCCAAGGUCCACCUUCACCAUGAGGCACGCAACUGUGACUGCGAGCCACAUGUGCAUGCGCCUCGGCCAAAGGGCAUGCCCCUACCACGGCACUGAGGCCAACUUCCUACCAGCUGGACUGGUGCUGGAAGAAACAAAGGUGGCUUUUUUUAAGUUGUCCUUGGCUGCUGACAAGCAAGGCACGCACGUUGUGACAGGAACUCAAAAGUGCGCGUUUGAUACAAAAGUUUUUUUAUGACUGUGUAGCAAAAAGGAAAAUAGACAAACAGCUGGCUUACGGAGAAGCCUGUAACGCAGUGCGAGUGUUGAAAUGCAGCACGUGCAUCUCUCCUGCCUUGGUAAGGCAUUGAAGACUCAAGGAAAGGCUUGCUGAGAGGCUUUGCGGCUUCUUUUUUCUUCAGUAACGCAAGCUGAGGACAUUUUGAGGCUUCAGCAAGGAUACUUCUUUCAAAAGAAGCAAGCAGAAGAUGCCAUCACUUAUGAACUGAACUACACUUCUGUUGUGGGUAAAGUCUGCCAGUCGUCCAUGUUUCGACGUGUUCCCUCACAGGUGGAGUGCUUUAUGAGUGGGUGUUGUGAUAGUCAUCUGUUUGCAGUACAGUCUUGCAGUGAGUCACUGAAGCCAUCUGAAACUCUGCUGCCCAUAGGAACAGUGUUCUUUUAACAAAAUGCUUACAAGCUCUUCAAAGUGUGCAUCGUACAGACUGUGGUCACACAGGAGCGCCCACGUUGGCAACACUUAGGAGCAGCACAGUGUUGGCCUUGUGUGUUUUCAUGGCGUCCAAACGGCAGGAGAACAUCUUCCAUCCUGACUGCUUCAAACAAAAUGACAAUGCAGUGUUCAGGCGGACCAUGAUUGACUUGCCCUUGAGCUGUGUGUGCCCUGAACACUCUGUCCGUAGGCCCACGAUGAAAUAUUUGCAGUCUAGGUUACACACCUUUGGCUGUAAAGCUUGGGCUAGGUUUCUAGCUGACCUAGUUCAGGUUGUGUUGGCUCAGCCUGGGUCAAGCCUUAGGUGAUGUUGGUGAUGUUGCUGUCAACAUCACUGUCUGUUUUUGUAGACACUUGCAUAAUGUUAUACAAGACAACAAAAGACAGGCAUACAGAGCUGUUUUUGCUACAACAUUCUUGUUACACCUGUCUGAGUUAAUUUUUUAUUCUAAUCCAGAACCUGUGUAAAUGUAUUUUCUAAAAAGGCAAAUUCAUGUGAAUGUGUUUCAGCAUGGACAAUUGUCAUAACUAUGUGUCAUGUGAGCCUAUAAUUACUUUGAUGUCUCAGCCUCUCAGUGUGAGCUUUUAUUUUUUGUUCAUUGUCUCGAUGGCAGUCGAAACGUGGCAAUUUUACUAGUGUUGUGAAGGCGUUUUAUUUUUCAUUUUUUAUUUUGUUACAUGACGCGAACCAGGGAGCAUUGUUUGCCUGUGGAACAAGGAGAGGUUGCUUUCACAUGUGCUUGUUUAUUUCUUUUUUUUUGCAGAUUCUCAUAUGCCAUCACACAGCUUUUACCUUUCUUCAGAGCUUAAGCUGGUCACAAGACCACACUAAGUACUGCUUCAUAAAGAUAUAUAUUAGCAAUCAGUCACAUACUAUUGAUGAAAUGGAAGAACUCGUGUUCCUUUUUGAGGUGGACAGAUCAAAUUAUUGGUUCUAUUACUAGUAUCACAAUAACUUUUCCUAUUUAUUUCUGUAUAUUAGACACUAUAUGGAAUUUUCAUGAUGAAUGUAAAAUUCAAUCUUUUGUUUCAACUCUGACUUCUUGCUGUGGUAAAUUUGACUCACUUGUUUCGUAAAGAAUACUGUUACGGUCACAGAUGCCACAUUUGCCUGUGGCAUUGCAUCAACUCCAGUUUUUUCACCGCUUGCAGGUCCAGAAAGUAUACUUUGCAAAAGUAGGCAUUUUACUGUGCAUGUAUCUCACAGACGAGAACAUGCGUGCUUUUCUGAGCAAACAAUACAUUCUCACGCCAUGAGCCAGCAUGGGCAAGCUCUUCAAUAUCCUAGGCAGAGUUGUACUAGUCACAUGCUUUUUCAAGAUCAACUUUCACUCCUUGCUUUUUGUUAAGGGGUUGUCUCUCAAUCUUUGCAUUGUUAUACAUGUUCAUGAAGUUUGUACAUUUUGCUGGGAGACAAGCAAUGCCAUAUUUCUUCAGUCGUUGCACUGAUUUCAUGUACACGGUAUGCAUUUAUGUUGUUUUGGUUUAACAGCCAGCAAUUUUUUGUCUGUUCUUAACAACUUAGGACAUUCUGGUUGGUAGGUCAUGAUAUCUUACGGCAGCGCACAUCAGAAACAAGGAGGAUGACACAGAACGUAAGAAUUGACAAACAUAAGCAGAAAACAUCAACUGUCGUUUAUUCCUGAUGAACGAGCUGCAAUAUGUGCUUCAACAGAUGCAUAGAAUCUCUUGAAGAAAAAUCUAGAAGGAUCAGGUGCACAGAUUUCAAAAAUCAAGCCAUAUGACAGCAUUCAUCUCAUAAAAAAAAAAACAGAAGAUAUGCGACCCAGUUAACAUUACCAUGUCUUGCUGCAUAAAAACGUUUUUUCUUUAUCACAUAGGAAAAUUGAGGGGCAAUUGGCUACUUGUCAUCCCCUACUGCCACACUGUAUCACACUAACCUUCAAAAAUUGGCCACAAGCUUAGUGGGAGCGUUGUGUUCUCUGCACCAGUACAGUUUACUGCACUUUGCAAAAGAGUGAAUUCACAAAGAAAAUUGAAGGAAAUCGGUUUAAUUAAGCGCAAGCAAACCUAUGGCACCUGCAUGGAGCAUGUGGCUUAUUCAGUCCCGCUGACCUGUGACAAGGUGUUCAUUGGUCAUACUUGUAGAUGCCUAAAUAUGACGGCCACAGACCACAACUAUUUCUAAAGAAAAUAAUGGCCACAUUGUCUUCUGUUUUAAGGAUUGUAGCUACGUAUUAAAUGAGAAGGUGUCAUGUGAACAAAAAAAGCAAGUUAGAAAUUAUAGAAGUACUAGCAGAGAUUUCAAAGUAGAAAAGAAGUUGCAUUAGUUGUCGUUUGGUUGUCCUGUCUGACACGCAAAAAAAGGCUUUUCUGAAACAGAAUGUGGCAAUGUUGGAUGGCUUGCAUGUCUUCCAUUUCUACUUGCACAACAUGAAUGUUAUUGUAUGACUUGAUUUCUGAAAUCUGUACAUCUGAUCCUUUUAUUAGGUUUUUCUUAAAACAAUUCAACACAUGCACUGAAGCACAUGUAAGCUUGUUCAUUAGCAACAAACAGUAGAGGUUCAGUGCUUAUGUUUGUCUGUAUAUACUUUAUCGAUAGUCUUUGCUUCUUGACAACAUUGUGGUAGUUUCAUGGCUUCCAAAAUUUAAGCCUCAGUUAGUUUGCAAAAAAUAAUAGUAAGGAUGAGCAAGUUAUCUGUGAAGCAGUGAGUGGGAUCCUACCCUGUCAUUGUAAGGGUAUGUGGAGCAAAAGUAUAAUUGUGGGGGAGAAGCUAGUCUCCUGCAAAUCAGCCUAAAUGAACAAAAGAAUAACGUGAUGAGUGUCACUUUCGUCUGGUUGCUUUCACCAUUUGUACUUGUCUAGACCCUCUGUCUGAAGUGAUUACUUUAAACUGUUUUAAGGAACUAGUUGCGUCAAGGCUUAACUUACCUCAUGGCACUGGAUGCCUAUGAGAUAUUGUGACAUCUCCAUUAUGUGUUGUGCCCUUGUAAAUUGCAAAUCUUCUUCUGCACAUAACUAGUAAGAAAAGAAAAUGCCUGGAGCAUUGUAUGCAAUUGGCUGCUCCAUGUACAUGGUUAGUGUACACUUCCCUCUGUGUGCACUUUUUUACACUGACAAUUAGAUUGAGACUACAGUGCUUUUGAGAAGUCAUGAGAUUUCAAGACCUGUAGCAAAUUAAGCAAGAGCAUUGUGUUUUUCUUUAUAGUGCUUUUAGAAUUCCUGUUGACAUAACAGCUAAACUGAAUUGGCAUUUUGAUAUGCUGUCACUUCACUGAUUAUGUACAUCCUGAAGAAAGAUCAAUCAUUUCAACUAGACCUUGUUCAUUUCAUCUUCAGCGAUGCCAGUGCCCUCAAAUGCAUUGAGAACUACACGGAAUGUAAUUUGAACAGUGCAAGUAGUAUGUGACCGAAUGUAUAUUGAGGGCUGUUGUGAUGUAGGAAAUUAAAUCUUAAAGCAAGGUCGUGCUCUCGUUUUCUCAAGCCUUUAUAGAAAGAGAAAAAACAAACAACACUCGUUUAACAUACACCAAGGCUCAAAAUUAUUCAGCACAUCUUGCCGAAUAGUGUUUGCCCUGAAUAAAUUAUUCUGCCUGCUUUGAUGUUUAUUUAGUGGACUUGACCAGUGAGUGUCAAAAGCAAUGUUGAACAAAACUUGCCCAUCUUGAUACUGAACACUUGUCCUUGACCAUGGCUGUAUAAAACAAAAUUAAGAAAUAGAGUGAAUGGGUUGUCAAUAAAAA